AUGGCCGCGCGCUCCACCUCCUCCCUCCUCGAGCUGCGAGAGAACCCGUCGCGGUGGGUGUGGGCCGCCGCCGCGGCUCGCGUGCCACCGACGGCGGCCGCGCUCUCGCGGUGCGGCUUUCGGCGCGGCGUGUGGGCCGAUGGCCUGCCCCGGGACGCGCCCAACCUGCUGCUGCUGCUGCACGGCCUCGGCGACGCGCCCGACAUGUACGCUCGGUUCGGCGCAAAGCUCGCGCUCCCUCAGACCUCUGCGCUCGCGCUGGCGGCGCCGCUGCCGCUGCCGCUCGGCAUCGAGGGUGGCGCCUGGGCGCCGCUCCUGUCGGUGCUGCGGCUGCUCGUGCGCGAGUGCGGCUGGAGCCCGGAGCGGAUCUUCCUCUUCGGGUACGCGCACGGCGGCACCGUCGCGCUCGAUCUGCUGCAGCACCUCGACGGCCUCGCGGGCGGCGGGCCCUGCCGGCUCGGAGGCUGUGUCAGCUGGUUCUGCCCGGGCGAGGCGGAGGCAUGGUCGGGUCCGCGAACGAGGUGGGCUCUUGUGACAGCCAUUCUCACUGCCCUCUCCUGA